GGUGCACAGACAGCUGUAGGACGGCGUAAUGUUGUUGGCUUACUGUUAGCUAAAGCUUCCAUGUUCCUGUAGCAGCGUCCAUCUGUCUUCUUUGUGCCAGCAGUAUGUGCUGCAGCUCACAUUUACUCACUGUGUGCUGAUGCUUUUGGCAGCAGAAUGAAUGUUAAUUUAUUCAAAUAAGUCAACAGUUAAAGAUGGAAGAAAACCAGUAUACAUCAUUGACGGUUCCUACGGAUUAUUUUCAGCAGUGGUACCAGUCCAGCCAGCAGCACCCCGAGGCGCAGUAUGUGAUGCCACAUCACAACAUGGGCUAUUACACAGAAGGUCCCAGAGAUGAGCCCGUCAUGGCCGAACUGUCUGUCCACAGGGAACCACCAGUUAGCCAGGAACCUUUUUACCAAAACUACAACCCUCCAGCCCAGAAUCACUAUCAGGAGCUGACCUACCAGCCAAAUGUCAGGGAGCAGCAGCAGCAGCAGCAGCAGCAUCAUCCUGCACACCUGCACAACCUUCAGCCUCAACAUACAAUACAGCAGCAGGAGCCGAGUGUUCAGCACCAACCUCAGCCUGCUGGUCCACCCCAGGUUGUUACGCCAGUUAAGAAGAAGAGAGGACGGCCUCCGAAGCAGCAGACCGAGGAGGGCAAGAUGCAGGAGGAGGAGAAUGAGAUUGAGGCAGCCAAAAAGGCCAAGAGGGCUCUCAACCGCUUCAACGGCAUGUCGGUGGCUGAGGUUAUGGCCAAAACCCUACCAGACGUCAUUACCUACAACCUCGACAUUUUGAUAAUUGGAAUUAACCCAGGACUAUUGUCAGCCUUCAAAGGACACCAUUACCCAAACCCAGGAAACCAUUUCUGGAAAUGCCUGUUUCUUUCUGGUCUAACUAACGAGCAGCUCAACUACAUGCACGACCAGAGUCUGCCGGAGAAAUAUAGCAUCGGCUUCACCAACAUGGUAGAGAGGACCACACCAGGCAGCAAGGACCUCUCCAGUAAGGAGAUUCGUGAAGGAGGUCGACAGUUACUUGACAAGCUGCAGAAAUACAAACCAUUAAUAGCAGCUUUUAAUGGAAAAGGUAUUUAUGAAAUCUUCUGCAAAGAAACCUUUGGUGUGAAGGCAAAGAAUCUCGACUUCGGUCUGCAGCCCUACAAAAUCCCUGAAACUGACACGGUGUGCUAUUUGAUGCCAUCAUCAAGCCCUCGCUGUGCCCAGUUUCCCCGUGCACAGGAUAAGGUACAUUUCUACAUCAAGCUGAAGGAAUUGCGUGACCAGAUGAAAGGCCUGGCACCCACUCUCGAGAUAGAAGAGACGAAGUACUCGUUUGAUCUGCAACUAGCUAAAGAGGAUGCAAAGAGGAUGGCAAUCAAGGAAGAGCAGGUGGAUCCAGAGUAUGAAAGCUGUAGUGGGCUGCAUGAUGAUGCAAGGCAAAGCAGCAACUUCUCCAACUAAAAGGAACUGAGGAGAGGAGAAAAAACAGGCCUCUCUGCUGUAGCUCACAGGUAGAGUAGUUAUAUGUCGCUCUACUUAUAUUUAGUUGAAACAAGAUGGAAUCAGACUUCUGUAACUGUAAAUGAAUGACUCCAAACCACUGUGACUUAUUACCUCUAAAGAAACUUCUGUUGAUUUUUAUACAACAUGAAGUGAACCAAUAACCCAAACCAUAGAUUUGUCAACAAAAUUAGGGCCCAAAGAUACUGACAAUACAUCCUGUGUAACUGAAUAACCUUUGUUUGUUUGCAAGAAAACUCCACAGGGCACAUUUUUAAGUUUACAUAAUUUGCAGUAAAUAACAGAAAAUGCCUAAAAUGUUGCCACGGUCCUUUGAAAUGUCUCGUGGGUGGUUUCUAGAAAUGAAAUAAAUUGCUCAUCUACUAUCCAUGCAUUGGUUAAUUUCCCCUGCAAGCAGAACAAUCUGUCUCUUUGGUUUGUAUUGUGCUACCUUACAGAAAUGGGCGUUAUAGGUCAGUCAGCUGACAACAUGAUACGGAACCACUGCAGCUGGAGAGGUUCGCUCAACAGAUUUCAGCUGUAGUAGUAGCAUCAUGCAUCACUGGGGGUGAGACACCCUCUGAUGACACCACAAGAGGAGUCUUGAAGUUUCCCGACUCCUCAUUUUGUGACGCACAAUGGAGAAAGUGCCCACUAUGUUUACGUUUUCUAACUCUCAAGCAGACUGUGCAUGUUUUGGUGUUAUUUUUUAAAUCACUAUUUAUUGCAUUUUGUAUAGUACGUGUGUCCAGUGACUUAUUUUUGUAUUUUUAAAAGAAUGACAUUUUAUGAUUUAUCAGCUGUAUAAAUGGAUAAUUGUACUCUGGAAUUUCUAAUCUUUAAUUACAGAGUUAUUAAAUC